AUGGAAGAGGAUUUCUUUGAAACAGCUGUAACUGUCUCCAACUUCAACGUCAGCGCAAAGUGUAAGAUAAACAAGAACUUUACUUUCCUUUACUUGUCGUCGGUCUACAUUGUGGUGUUUAUCGUUGGCUCAUUGGGGAAUGUAUUUGGCCUGUGGAAUCUAUGCGGGAACUGGAAGAAGUGGACAUCCCUGAAUGUUUUUGUGUUUAACUUGGGUAUUGCUGAUCUCCUCUAUGUGUUCACUUUACCAUUUUUUGUGUCCUAUUAUUUCAAUGAAGGCGUUUGGAUAUUUGGCUAUGACUUCUGCCGGCUGGCUCGCCUCCUCUUUCACAUUAACAUGUACGCCAGUAUCAGCUUCCUCACCUGCAUCAGCAUCCAACGCUACUUAGGAAUUGUCCACCCCAUGAAAAUGAUGGGGCGACUCCACAGCUUACGGCCAUCAUUUUACAUCAGCAUCCUUGUCUGGAUUCUGGUAAUAAUUCAGAUCUUGCCUCAUCUUUACUUUACAAAUGCCAUGAAAAAUGCCACCUAUUGCCAUGACUCCACCAUUAAUGAUCAUGUGGAAUCGUAUGCACCAUACACAUUCACAAUUACGGUCACUGGAUUUUUGAUACCGUUUCUCAUAAUUGUAGCAUGUUACACCCGCAUCCUCACCGUCCUGACAAAGAACACCAAUGUGGAUACAAACCUGAAAAGUAGAAGCAUCAAAUUGGUUUUCAUCAUCCUGGUCUUGUUUGCGGUCUGCUUUUUCCCAUAUUACAUCUUCCGGAAUAUCAAUCUGCUUUCCAGGGUGUGGCAGCUAAAAGGAGGCUGCACGCAGACCCUGAGGAACCUCUAUAUCUCCUACCAGGUCACCAGGGGCCUGGCCUGCAUGAAUAGCGCCAUUAACCCUCUGCUGUACCUUGUGACCAAUGAAAACUUUGUAUCUAGGUUCCGCCAGAUGCAGAAAAAAGCCUGGCACACAUUUGUGUAUCUGGGCAGACAGAAUUCCAUCCCUGAGAUCAAAAUGCUAAAUAUGAAACAAACCAAUGAACAGAAUGACUUCUUUGAGGAAUUAUAA